CAAAACAAGAAUGAAUCCCGCUAAAAAAUGGGCGCGUUCCUGGAGCCCCACUUUGCCAAGGAAUUGGAAUGAUCGAUUUGGGCUGCCCAGCGCUGAUUGGUUGAUCGAUCGAUUUCUCUCCCAGCAUUGGACAUUUUCUGCUACACAAUUGCCCGAUGCGGAAGCUUUGGGUGCCCCUGCCCAGUCGUAAGCACCUCUUAUCUCUCCCUAUCGUGUCUGCCGCCGCC